AUGUUAUCCGGAGUUGCUGGUUGUACUCAAGUUACUUCAAAGAGUGUAGAGGGUUGCAUGGAGGCUCAAGUACAGCUCAUGAAGAGUCAAAUUGACUUCUUACAUGAUGCUUUGGCCGAGGUUAAGGAGGCAAACCGAGACUUGUCUCAAUUGCUUUCAAAUCGGCAAGAUAAAUCUAUGAUGAUUGGCAUGAUUAAGAAAUGCUUUGCGAGAAAGAUAUGCUGGUACGUUACCUUUGAUGAAGCAAAAGUGAAGUUGCUCAAUUGUAAGCAGAAUGGUAGAUCCAUUCAAUCUUACUUUGAGGAAUUAGAAGGGUUUUUUCUGAGUUCAGGAGUGGUUGAGAACGACUACAUGUUGACAGAUCGUUUUCACUAUGGCUUGGACAAGAGGUUCAAACUAAAUCCUAAGAUAAGGAGGCAAUCAAGGCUCUAUGAGGCAUACUAUACUGCCUUAGAAGUGGAAAGAGAGCAUGAUACUUCUUGUGGUUGGAAUGGUCCAAUUGAGGAUCAGGGGCCAAUCAAGGAAGAAAGGAUGGAUCUUGACUAUCUAUGUGAUAGGGAGUUGGUUCAAGAGAGCUAUGAUCAAGUUGAUGGAAAUGUCAUUAACUUUGGGGUUCAAACCAAAGGAGAUGAUGACCUCAUGGAAAUAAGUGCUGAAGAGUAUCAAGAGUGUUUGAUUCUAGUUGAGCAUUGUUUGCUCCUACCUUUCUUGAGUCUCUUUGAUGGAGACCAUCUAGCUAACACUAAUGAAGAGGGACAAGUUGCUGCCAAUAAUGGAGAAGACGAGCAAGUUGAGGACGUGAAUGCUAAUGGAGGAUCUAAAGAUGCUGCUUUAAAGAAUAAUCCUUACAUUCGUGAUCUACUUUCAAACAUUGUUGGACCAAUGACUCGUGCUAGACGCAAGAGGAUGAAUGAAUCACUUAAUAGUCUAAUUGUUACUACAUGGGCUAAGGAGGAAAUUAAGCUUGAAGAUUACAAGCCCAAGACUAUUAAUUUGCUGCAAGUGACACCAAAUGGACAUGGUCCAUUUGGAGAGAAGAAUUUCGGCCCUCAAUCCACAAGGGGACCGCCGGCCACCUUUCCUGAGUGA